UAUUUCUUCAUACAUUGAAUAGUAUUAUUAAUAAUUAAGACGCGGUUAAGUGAAGCAUUCGCAACAAAGAAUGCAGUUCUCUGGCAAGAAUCGAGAAGGCAUAGAUGUUGGAAGGUCAGAAGAGGAUGGCCAUUUGGGACAUAGACAAACAGCGAAGGUGUUAGCAAACGAAUGGGAAUAUGAACAAGUUUUAGAAGAAAUUGGAUUCGGUAAGACGCAAUGGCUUCUAUUGCUUAUUAGCGGUUUAAUAACGACCACAUCUAUGGCUGCGCAGACAUCGUUAGGCAUAAUAGCUAUUGCUUCGCAAUGUGAAUUUAAUAUGACCCAGGGGGAAAAAGGUGUUAUGAUGGCAUCCAGUGUGGCAGGCAUUGUUGUCUCCACGUAUAUAUGGGGCUAUAUUAGCGAUGUUGUUGGCCGACGUUCUUUGUUAGUCUGGUGCACAUUUAUUACCAGCGCUUUGCUGUUAAUAACUAUGUUUGUCACCAAUAUAUGGUUAUUUAACUUUAUCAACUUAAUAAUGGGUAUAAGCCUUGGUGGUAUUUCCGGUACCUUAUAUCCUUAUUUGGGUGAAUUCAAUACAUUCAAAUAUCGUGCUGUAGUUAUAAAUUACUGCAAUAUGUUUGUAAGUGUAGCUGCCAUUUAUAUGCCAGCAACUGCUUGGUUAGUGUUAUCUUCUGACUGGUCUUUGCCUAUUACAUCUAGCUUUUCGUUUAGACCAUGGCGUUUGAUUUUGCUUUUUAAUCUAUUGCCAGGUUUUUUGGGCAUCUUAAUGAUGUUGCCCUUCCCUGAGAGUCCCAAGUUUUUGUUAGCUCAACAGAAACACGACCAAGCUGUCGCAGCAAUAAAUUGGAUUUCAAAAUGUAAUCGAAAUAUUGACGUGAAAUCGUUAUUAAAAAUCACCGAAUUGAGGGUGAAGGCCGAGGAGCUCUCCGACUCUUUGCAAUUAAUGACGGGCCGCAAUAUUUGCAGCAUAUUAAAGAAUAUUUGGAAAGCUACGGUGCCCUUAUUUCACAAACCAUAUGGCGGUAAUUUUUCUCUAGCUGUCGUAGCAAUGUUUGGUUUGUUUUUUGCUUCGAACGGUAUGCAAAUAUGGUAUCCGGAAAUUGUUAAUCGUUCAGCGCAUGGUUCGGAAACUGGACAAAGCGCAUCUGUGUGUAAGAUAUUGAACGAAUCGUUUGGAAGAGAUCAUUUAAGAAUAGUUAACAGCACUGAUAACGCCGAAGAUAUAAAGACAUGUAAUGACAGUAUUAACGCGAAAACAUAUGUGGAUAACAUUAUUAUGGGUUUGGCAUUUCUGGUGGGAUUUUCUAUACAGGGAGCCAUAUUAAAUCCUCUAGGACGUAAAAAUGUUUUAUUAUCUGCUCUGGGUUUGGGAGUACUAAGUGGUUUAUUAUUGCAUUUCGUUACCAAUACUACGGGAAUUUUAAUAUUAUUUUGUUUAUAUAUCCUUUUGCCGGGCUUAUCAAUAUCCACCAUGUGCGGAGCUUUAGUCGAUUUGGUGCCAACACAACUGAGGGGGAAAGCAGUUAGCAUGGGCAUGACAUUGGGCCGUUUGGGUCUCAUAUUGGCGUCUAAUUUAAUUGCGGUGAUGCUGGAGCCCUACUGCAAUGGCAUAUUUGCCAUAGUUACUUGCACCGUUUUGGUCUGCGGUUUGCUCGUACAUUUUCUUCCCAUUUAAUAAAUAAUUAAAAUAGUUUUUUGCACACUUUGCUAUAAAUAAGUAAAACUUUGCAAAUGUUUAAAA